AUGCGCUCCCGUUUCUUGCUGUUGCUCGGAAUCAGCCUUACGUAUUUCCUCAGUACAAGCGCGAAAAUGCUUGACGGCGUGGCCAACACCAAUCCUCUCACCAAAACAAAUAUUCUUAAUGCAUCUGAGCCUCCAAACACCUCGACAAGGUUGUUAAGGCUGCCCACCACAACUCACCAGGACCAUGAAGACGUACAAGACAAACUCGCAGGAGAGCGAGCUGGACUUCCAGGAAUGACAAAGCUCGACGAUCUAGCUUACAAACUCGCUUUGAAAGUGGAGACGAACCCCAUUGAUAUAUUUAAGGGGUUACGCGCUGCCAAAACUGGUGGAAAGUUGGAAGGCGACAAGGGAUUUCUGAGAUGGCUUUUGUACGUGAAGCAAUACAGAGUUAAGCGCGGAGGGGGGGGAUGGUUCAGCGAUGGCAAAUUGUUUGACUUACUGAGGAAAACGAAACCGGAAGCUGAGCUGGUGACACUAUUUCAAUCACUUCGAGGAUACCCCAACUUCAAAGAUAUUGCCGACAAGAUGCAGUCAAACAUGAUAUUGAUCUCCGCUACGAGCCACAAACUGACGAAUGAGGCUUGGCUAAAGGCCAGAGAAACGCCCCAACAGGUUUUCGACAUCUUACGUCUCGGAGAUGAGACCUUACAGAGUCUCGGCAGCAGCUCUCUGUUUAUUCAUUGGCUGAGAUACAUCAAAGCACACAGGGCUUCGAUUGAAAGUGAGUCAUUUUCGGACUUGGAUACACUCAGAUUUUUGCAGAAGAGAAAGCCAUUCACAAAUGAGUUCAAGUUCGGAAAUCUCUUUCAACCGAUCAAGGACACACCGGACUUAGACGAUCUUCUAAAAGGCAUGCAAACACAUCUCUAUCGCAAAUGGAUGAGGGAUCAUAACGUAGACCCAAAUGAACUCGCAAGACAACUAGGGGUCCCAUACUCACUUAAUUUCAGAAUAAUACCGAAGAGGGACCCCAGGUAUCAAAAUUUUCAAGCAUACACCAUGCACUUCGCUGAACAGAGGGGAGGAGCAGCGCUAUUGGAGCAAGUGAAGAAGCUGUUUGCCGACAAUGAACCUUACGCUGCACUGACCGCCGCUUAA